AGAGCUGGGAAGGAGCUCUAGAUGGCGGCUGUGCCUUAGAGAGAGCGCGCUCAGCUCCCUGCCUUCCCCAACACUUUACGCAACUUUCCCUAACUUUUGGGCAGCCUCAGGGGGCCCCCACAGCCCCUUGCCUCUCCUAGGCACCGAUCGGGGGCCGAGCAGACCUUUUUCGGGCAGAAAAGCAGCUUUUGAGGGCUCCCUUUUCGUGCCUUGCUGGAAAGAAGAAGCCGUGGAGAGAGCCCAGGUCGUUGUUUUUCCAGCUUAGAAGCCAUGGCGUACCUCCAUUUUUGUGCGCUCUCCUAAUGAGCUUUUUCCCCCGGACGUUUUUGGUACUAAUUAUCGCUUCUUCUGCUUUAUCGACAACAUAUUUUUGGGAUUAGAAGAUAUAUUUUUUUUUUUUCAUUCUCUGAAAUUUGUAUUUUAUUGUUAUAACGCUAAAUAUUUUGGAUCUAAUGUUUUUCCACUACCCGAAACUAAUAUCGACUUGGUCCUGGUGGCGGUGCAUGGAUCAGUAAAUACCUGGGCACAGGACUUCAAAGCACACAGGCACCCCCUGAUCCCCUCUUAAUAUUUAAGAAUAAAAAGAUGAUGAGAAAUAAGGACAAAAGCCAAGGAGAGGAGGGUUCAGUCCACAGCAAUGCAUCGAGUCACUCGGCAUCCGAAGAAGCCUCUGGCUCUGACUCUGCAAGCCAGUCUGAGAGCGAGCAGGGCAGCGAGUCAAACAGCAGCUCGGAGUCCUCUGAAAGUCAGUCUGAAUCCGAAAGUGAAUCCACGGGUUCAAAAUCUCAGCAGACCCCUCCUGAAACCAAAGAAAAACCAGCCUCUAAGAAGGAAAGGAUAGCAGAUGUUAAAAAGAUGUGGGAAGAAUAUCCUGAUGUUUAUGGGGUUAGGAGGUCAAACCGAAGCAGACAAGAACCAUCGCGAUUUAAUAUAAAAGAUGAGUUCGGCAAAGCCCAGGCUCGCUGGCCGCCUCUCUGUGCGAUGCCCCGGCGUGCACUGUGCUGGCAAUGCCACUCAGCCCUCCACUGCAGACCCCAGUGUCCUGUUAGGGGCUCAGGCGAGUAGUGAAUCUGAAAAUGAGAGCCCAAAAAGAAGAGGCCAGAAGCAAAUGAAAAGAACAAAUAAAUGGAAGAGAGAGGUCUCUGGUGAAGAAGAGGAUGAAGAUGGAGGGGAGCAAGGCACUAGUGGAGACAGUGAGCCUGAAGCGAAGAAAGUUAAAGCAAGAAGACCUGCCCAAAGGAGAACAGUGGCCAAAACCAAUGUUAAAAAGCCUCACAAAACCCAGCGUGGGAAGAAGAGAAAGAAACCAGACUCGACUGAAGAAGAUGAUGAUGAUGAAGACGAUGAGACCCCUAAGAGACAAACUCGACGAAGAGCAGCCAAAAAUGUCAGUUACAAAGAAGAUGAUGAUUUUGAGACGGAUUCUGAUGACCUGAUAGAGAUGACUGGAGAAGGAGCUGAUGAACAGCAAGACAACAGUGAAACUAUUGAGAAAGUCCUGGACAUCAGACUUGGGAAAAAAGGAGCCACUGGUGCUUCCACCACCGUGUAUGCGACUGAAGCCAAUGGCAACCCCAGUGCCGACUUUGAUCCUGAAAAGGAUGAGGGAGAAGUUCAGUACCUGAUCAAAUGGAAAGGCUGGUCGUAUAUCCACAGCACAUGGGAGAGCGAGGAAUCCCUGCAGCAGCAGAAAGUGAAGGGCCUCAAAAAGCUGGAAAACUUCAAGAAAAAGGAGGAGGAGAUCAAGCAAUGGCUGGGCAAGGUAUCGCCUGAAGAUGUAGAAUAUUUCAAUUGCCAACAAGAGCUAGCUUCAGAGCUGAACAAACAGUAUCAAAUAGUGGAGAGAGUAAUUGCCAUGAAGACCAGCAAGUCUGCGACAGGACAUUCAGAUUUCCCAGCAAACAGUCGCAAAACAUCCUCGAAUGACCCCGAGUACCUGUGUAAAUGGAUGGGGCUGCCCUAUGCCGAGUGCAGCUGGGAAGAUGAGGCUCUGAUAAGCAAGAAAUUUCAGCAUUGCAUUGACAGCUUCAACAAUCGUAACAACUCCAAAACGAUUCCUACCCGGGACUGCAAGGUUUUAAAGCAGAGACCGAGGUUUGUUACCUUGAAGAAACAACCUUCUUACAUUGGCAGUGAGAACCUGGAGCUACGGGAUUACCAGCUGGAAGGCCUCAACUGGCUCGCUCACUCGUGGUGCAAGAACAACAGCGUGAUUCUGGCUGAUGAAAUGGGCCUGGGCAAGACGAUUCAGACAAUAUCAUUCCUGUCGUACCUCUUCCAUCAGCACCAGCUCUAUGGCCCUUUCCUGGUGGUGGUGCCCCUGUCGACUCUCACCUCGUGGCAGAGAGAAUUUGAAGUGUGGGCACCCGAGAUCAACGUGGUGGUUUACAUCGGAGACCUCAUGAGCAGGAACAUGAUACGUGAAUAUGAGUGGAUCCAUUCUCAGUCUAAGAGGUUGAAAUUCAAUGCACUUAUCACAACAUAUGAGAUCCUUCUCAAGGAUAAGGCUGUUUUGGGAAGUAUUAACUGGGCCUUUCUAGGCGUGGAUGAAGCCCAUCGGUUGAAAAAUGAUGACUCUUUACUGUACAAAACAUUGAUUGAUUUUAAGUCCAACCACAGGCUGCUGAUCACUGGCACCCCACUUCAAAAUUCACUCAAAGAGCUCUGGUCCCUGCUGCAUUUCAUCAUGCCGGAGAAGUUUGAAUUCUGGGAGGAUUUUGAAGAGGAUCACGGGAAAGGUAGAGAGAAUGGCUACCAGAGCCUUCACAAAGUCCUGGAGCCGUUUCUCCUACGCAGAGUGAAGAAGGAUGUAGAGAAAUCUUUGCCAGCCAAAGUGGAGCAGAUCCUCCGGGUGGAAAUGUCUGCUUUGCAGAAACAGUAUUACAAGUGGAUUUUGACAAGAAACUAUAAAGCUCUUUCGAAGGGAACGAGGGGGAGCACGUCUGGUUUCCUGAACAUUGUGAUGGAGUUGAAAAAGUGCUGCAACCAUUGCUACCUUAUCAAACCUCCUGAGGAAAACGAGAGAGAGAAUGGCCUUGAGACCCUGCAGUCUCUGAUCAGGAGCAGUGGAAAGCUAAUUCUCUUGGACAAGCUGCUGACCAGGCUGCGGGACAGAGGCAACAGAGUGCUGAUCUUCUCCCAGAUGGUGAGGAUGCUGGACAUCUUGGCAGAGUACCUGACUAUCAAACACUACCCUUUUCAGCGCUUGGACGGCUCGAUCAAAGGGGAGAUCCGAAAGCAGGCGCUGGACCACUUCAACGCUGACGGCUCCGAGGACUUCUGUUUCUUGUUGUCAACACGAGCUGGAGGGCUGGGAAUUAAUCUGGCCUCUGCUGAUACUGUUGUUAUCUUUGACUCGGAUUGGAACCCUCAAAAUGAUCUUCAGGCUCAGGCUCGGGCUCACCGGAUCGGACAAAAGAAGCAGGUGAAUAUUUACCGCCUGGUCACAAAGGGUACGGUAGAGGAGGAGAUCAUCGAGAGGGCCAAGAAGAAAAUGGUGCUGGAUCAUCUGGUGAUCCAGCGUAUGGACACUACUGGACGAACUGUUCUGGACAACAACUCUGGACGAUCCAACUCAAAUCCUUUCAACAAAGAGGAGCUGACAGCUAUUCUGAAGUUUGGAGCUGAAGAUCUCUUCAAGGAGCUUGAAGGGGAAGAGUCAGAGCCUCAGGAGAUGGACAUUGAUGAGAUUUUGCGUCUGGCUGAAACACGAGAGAACGAAGUGUCCACCAGUGCCACCGACGAGCUUCUCUCCCAGUUCAAGGUGGCCAACUUUGCAACCAUGGAGGAUGAAGAGCCAGAGCUGGAUGAGCGGUCCCAGAAGGACUGGGAUGAUAUUAUUCCAGAGGAGCAGAGGAAAAAGGUGGAGGAGGAAGAAAGACAGAAAGAGUUGGAGGAAAUCUAUAUGCUGCCUCGAAUUCGGAGCUCGACUAAAAAGGCUCAGACAAAUGACAGUGAAUCAGAUGCAGAAACUAAGAGAAGGCUUCAGAGAUCAUCUGGAUCAGAAAGCGAGACUGAUGAUACUGAUGACGAGAAGAGACCAAAGCGCAGGGGGCGUCCUCGGAGUGUUAGAAAAGAUACCGUGGAAGGAUUUACCGAUGCUGAAAUCAGGAGGUUUAUCAAGGCUUACAAGAAGUUUGGACUGCCUCUUGAACGGCUGGAGUGUAUUGCCCGGGAUGCUGAGCUGGUGGAUAAGUCUGUAGCUGAUCUGAAACGACUAGGGGAACUCAUCCAUAACAGCUGUGUGUCAGCAAUGCAAGAAUACGAGGAGCAGCUGAAAGAAAAUCCAGGUGAAGGGAAAGGACCUGGAAAAAGAAGAGGCCCUACUAUCAAAAUUUCUGGUGUCCAAGUCAAUGUGAAAUCAAUCAUCCAACAUGAAGAAGAGUUUGAAAUGCUGCAUAAAUCCAUUCCCGCGGAUCCUGAAGAAAGGAAGAAGUACCGCCUGACGUGCCGUGUCAAAGCUGCCCAUUUUGAUGUAGACUGGGGAGUGGAGGAGGAUUCUCGCUUGUUAGUGGGAAUUUACGAACAUGGUUAUGGAAACUGGGAGCUAAUUAAAACAGAUCCGGAAUUGAAGUUAUCUGAUAAGAUUCUGCCUGUUGAGACAGAUAAGAAACCUCAGGGAAAACAGCUCCAGACCCGAGUUGAUUAUCUACUAAAACUGUUGAAGAAAGAUCUGGACAAGAAAGAAAACAUGAAAGAUGGGGAAGAGGGCAAGCUGAAGAAGAGGAAACCACGAGUAAAGAAAGAGAACAAGGCGCCCAAAGUCAAAGAUGAGCAUGGGAAUGAACUGUCUUCUCCUCGGCACUCUGACAACCAGUCAGAAGAAGGUGAAGUCAAGGAGGAUGGCUUGGAUAAGAGCCCUGUGAAGAAGAAACAGAAGAAGAAAGAGAACAAAGAGAACAAGGAAAAACAGACAACAACUAAGAAAGAAAAGGAAAGCGAUAAAGAGAAAAAGAAGACAAAAGACAAGAAAGAGAAGCCAAAAGGUGGUGAAGCCAAAUCUGGAAGUAAAGCAAAGAGAUCGCAAGGUCCCGUCCACAUUACAGCAGGGAGUGAACCCAUCCCCAUUGGAGAAGACGAGGACGAUGAUCUGGACCAAGAAACAUUCAGCAUAUGCAAGGAAAGGAUGAGACCAGUGAAAAAAGCACUGAAGCAACUUGAUAAGCCUGAUAAGGGACUGACGGUUCAAGAACAGCUGGAGCACACACGAAACUGCCUCCUAAAAAUUGGGGACCGCAUCUCAGAGUGCCUUAAAGCCUACACUGACCAGGAUCAUAUCAAGCUAUGGAGAAGGAACCUAUGGAUAUUUGUGUCAAAGUUCACAGAAUUUGAUGCUAGAAAACUGCACAAACUCUACAAGAUGGCUCAUAAGAAAAGGUCACAGGAAGAGGAGGAGCAGAAGAAGAAGGAGGACAUGUCCAGCAUGAAGAAGCCGUUCCGCCCAGAGCCUUCAGGCUCCAGCCGCGAUUCUGUGAUGUCCCAGUCUCACAUGCCUCACAAUCCUCAUUCCCAGAAGAUCCACCUGCCUCCUUCCCAUGCCCAGCAGCAGAUGCAUGGACACCCACGCGACAACUAUGGCCAUCCAAACAAGAGACAUUUCAGCAACACAGACCGAGGAGAAUGGCAGAGGGAUCGGAAGUUCAACUAUGGUGGCAACAGCAGCCAGAUGUGGGGUGGGGAGCGGCACCACCAGUAUGAGCAGCACUGGUACAAGGACCACCACUACGGCGAUCGGCGAUCUCGUGGAGAUCCCCACCGAAGCUCCGGGAACUACAGACCAAAUAACCUCUCCCGCAAGAGACCAUAUGAACAAUACAACAGUGACCGAGACCACAGAGGCCACCGGGAUUAUUAUGACAGGCACCACCACGAUUCCAAGCGUCGACGAUCCGAUGAGUUCAGGCCUCAGAACUACCACCAGCAGGAUUUCCGACGGAUGUCUGAUCACAGGCCGCCCAUGGGAUAUCAUGGCCAAGGACCUUCGGACCACUACCGGUCCUUCCACACAGACAAAUCGGGAGAUUACAAACAGCCGCUUCCUCCACCUCACCCUGCGGUGUCGGACCCUCGCUCGCCUCCCUCUCAGAAAUCCCCCCACGAUUCCAAGUCACCUCUCGAUCACAGGUCACCUCUGGAUAGGUCGUUAGAACAAAAAAACAAUCCAGAUUAUAACUGGAACAUUCGGAAAGCAUAAAGUGACUGAGAGGGGGAAAGCAAACAUCUGAAAUAGCUGGUUUGAUGCAACAAGAAACUUUGAACAUGCUGCUAUCAUCUUGCUGGGUCAAGGAGGAUUUUGGAGGAGCAGUUGGAGGAAGAAUUUCGUUAGUUCUUUGUUCUGGUUUGGAUUCUCGUUUCCUUUCCCCUCUUCUACUAUUGAACGUUUGGAACCAGCCUUGCUGCCUCAUUCUUUUGUUUUGUUUUUGUACUGUUUUUGUUUUCCCCAUUCCAAUGGACCCAAGGGAAUUAUCCCCAACCAGUGUUUCCCCAGACCGAGAAGGCGGAUCGAUGCUGCUUAGGAUUGUGCAGAAGGCUGUGUGCCUGCUCUGACUUAAUGUUUUAUGACAGAUGCUGCUUUGGGAUUGGGGAUAAACUGGUUGGGCUGGGCUUUGUGUGUAACCAGCACAGGGCAAUGGGAAGAUACUCAAAGAGGGACAGGAGAGUCCCUCAGCAGCCAAGCUUGGUUAAAGGAGGGACAGGAAAGUCCCUCAGCAGCCAAGCUUGGUUGAAGGAGGUACUUGAUGUCCCUGCAGAGUGACUCCAAAGGAGUUGCAGCCAUGCUGGUGACGAUCCAUUGCUUUUCUGGCCACAUUAUCAUUUCUUGUGUCUUUAUCCAUUUCAAGAAGCUGGCUCUGCUUUGAGUGCUGUUGUGUCCCCUGCAACAGAAGAGAUGCAAGAUGCAGGGCAUCUUCCUUCCCCCUCAGGGCUGGAACUGGCAAAUCUUGACUCUGGGGGGCUUUGGGAUAUGUGAAGAAAAGACCCCCUUAGCAAAGGCUUAGUUCACUUCUGACCAGUAGGAAAGAAACUGGAUUGAGAACAGUAUUUCCCAGUGGACAGGGCUUAGGAAUUCCUAACAAAGCUCCUCUUCUUCUUCUGACAUGGACAGCUUGGAUGGCCCAGGAACUAACAGAUGCUGGCUGGGAGCUGCAAGGUCAAAAGGUGGCUCUGGGCAUCUGGAGAUCCUGAAGCUCCUCAUCUCCUUGCCACUGAAGUGCUCCAGUCUUCGGGCAAGUAAUUCUUCUCUGUGCUUUGUGAAACAGUGACAGCAAACCUUUACUGCAACCAAAGGAUAAGGUAGUGCAGACUUCAAUAGGAAUCCAGUGGCCUGAUCACUGUUCAGCUGACGGUCACCUUCCUGCCACCCUUCCAGCAGUCAGCAGGAACUCGGAAUUGCUAAAAGUACCUGCACUGAACAACCUUCUGGCUAAACUGGAAACGUGCCUGAGGACUUAGCACCUAAGUUAGCAGGGAGAGAAUGAGGAAUUCGGGACUGAGUCCUUAAAAAUCCCUGGAGCAAAUGUUUUAAGAGCACAGCAUGGCAGAGGGAGAAGAGGGAUCUACAGCCCAGCUCAGUGGACUUCAGAGCAAACACUCCUCCAAGUAUUCGAGCCACAGCGUAUGAUGCAGAACAGUGUCCAUCCUGGAGACUGUGGUGUGGUGGGAGGGGUUGUGCACAGAUUUGCUGGCCAGAAGUAGCUUGGGUGAUGAUUUUUCAGGUCCUAGGCCUUUGUUUGUAGAGUGACAUCCCUGGAGACCACAAAGCUCUCCCAGCAGCCGGGCUGCUUGGAGCGUGGUGUCUGGGGAUGCAUCAUCUCCCAGAGCUCAGGGUUAAAGAUUGGGUUGUUCCAGACUCCUCUUUUUGGUGGGGGACAGGACCUGGGCCUCAUAUUAAGAUGCCAGUAUCUGACCCGAAUAAGCUGUGAUGUCCUUUCCCCGGAAAGUCUGAGGGGAGAUGGGUGUUCAGGGCUGGCUUCCCAACUCCAGCCCGUGCCUUGGGAGGCGCACACAAACCAACACUAAUACCCCCAUGUCCCCAAGUCUCUUGCCGUCGCUCGCUCCUUUCUGAACCCACUGCUUUAACGGGACACGUGGGAAGUGUUUUGCUCCCCUUUUGUUUUCAUUUUGCAAGGUUUCCACCAACCGCAGGGCAGUUUUGCUUCCUUGGGGGCAGAACCCAUACGGGCAGUGCUGAAUUGCCCUGAGAAAGUGUUAUCCUUGUGUUUACCUGCCCAGGAGGAGACAAGUCUUCCACCGACCCCUUGGAGCUGACGGGUGAUGGGAGGUGUUGAGACAGAGUGUUUUUUGCGACGUUUCUCACUAAGCUGUGAUUGCAGGCGCACUUGCUGUGGUAUUCGACAGAGGUCCUUUCUUUUCAGAGGUAUUAGCUUUUAAUGUGAAAAUGGAAGACACCUUGGAGGGGCAAAGAGAAUUAAUUGCUCUUUUUGUUCACCAAGUGGUGCUAUUGUGCUGGAAAGUUUGUGCCAUAGACUUAUAGCAAAAGGCAAUACUGGCCAGACCAGUGUUAUGGUUACGGUUGGUGCAGGAAAACUUUGAACCCCAGCAAGAAGCAUUUUCUGUGCCCAGAUGUGGGGGUUUCUGCUCAUCCUGGGUGCCUGGUAUGAGGUUGGUUGGGGUUUCCUCCUUGUGGAACAGCAAAAGCUUUACCCAUGUCCACUGAAGAGCUGUCCCCACUGUCACAUUAGCCUGAUACUGAAGUCACAUAGUUUUGUUCACUCGUGGUGGGUGGGUCUUCACUGGCGUUGGCUUUAAUGAAGCUGAAGAACUAGAUUUGGGAGGAAGUCCUCCCUGAGCGCACACACACAUGCAUUUGAUGUCCCCUUGAUGUAGGGACCACAACCAGACACAGUCACUUGGGUGUGAGUGGGAUCGGAGGGGACAGGUCCACAGCCAUAAACCUCACGGUGGUGUUUGUGUCAACAUCUGGUAGAGCUCUUCCUUCCAAACCAGCCGCGGGAUCCCCUCUAGCCUCUUUGCAGGAAAAAGUAGCAACUUGCUGGGUUUUUAUUUAAUAAUAAUAAUAAUUUAAAAAGUAAUUUUUCAGCCUGACCCCUUUGGAAAUGGUGUAAAGUUGUGAAUUCACAGGAUGGAAGUCCUGCAGACCAAAACCUGCUGUGGACAGACAAUGCGGUGCCCAACCAAAGUGGAUUCCUAACAUCUCUCUGAAGCGCUUAAGUGAACAGUGCAGGUGAUCCACACAAAAAUGCUAUUCUGCUUUCACCCGUUUCCUCCCGACCUCCGCCUCCCCUCCGGGGAGAGAAGGACUCUUACUGUAAAAAUGUGGACUUUUAAACCUGUUGACUAAAAACAGUAAUUAAUAUUAAUUUAUAUUUGUGAAAAAAUGCCACUGUCCUAGUGAUUUCUGAUGUAAAUAUGUUGUUUAUAUAGUAUGUAUUAAAUUUUCCUACAUUGUAAAACUGCUGUACUUUUGAUUCUUGUAUAUUAAAAAGUGUUACUGAGA